CUAUUAAUCCCCCGCUACGCGCCUCCGCUCCCACAUUAAGGCCAAACUUCUUCCUCCUCGGACUGACCGAUUCCCUCGAGACCCGAGCGAGCGCCUGCCCCCGCCGCCUCCCUUCGCUUCCCAGCUCGCUCGCUCACUGGUGCUCGCCCGGCUCGAUCGACCGGCAGAGAUGGGCAGGCAGCCGUGCUGCGAGAAGGUGGGCCUGAAGAAGGGCCCGUGGACGGCGGAGGAGGACCAGAAGCUCGUCGCCUUCCUCCUCUCCCACGGCCAUUGCUGCUGGAGGCUCGUCCCCAAGCUCGCAGGGCUGCUGAGGUGCGGGAAGAGCUGCCGCCUGCGAUGGACCAACUACCUGCGCCCCGACCUCAAGCGGGGCCUCCUCUCCGACGACGAGGAGAAGCUCGUCAUCGACCUCCACUCGCAGCUCGGCAACAGGUGCGUGUCCAGCUCGAUUCCGGACAUUUUUCUGCAUGUUCGCGUCGUGAAUUCUCUUCUUGUGCUGCGGCGCAGAUGGUCCAAGAUCGCGGCGCGGCUGCCGGGCAGGACGGACAACGAGAUCAAGAACCAUUGGAACACCCACAUCAGGAAGAAGCUCAAGAAGAUGGGCCUCGACCCCGUCACCCACCAGCCCGUCGCCGCCUCCCGCGCCGACCCCCUCGAGGACCUGCAGCAGGAGCACUGCGAUGACAAGGCCUCGUCCCAGGAAUCGGCCGGCUCCGGCACCGGCGCUGGCGCCGAGGAGGAGGCGCCGACGAGCGCCGAGCCGAAGCAGGGCGCCGCCUGCUCUGUCUCCACCGCGUCGGCCGUAUCGCCGUCCCCCUGCUCCUCCUCCUCCGCCUCGGCCUCGGCCUCCGCCGCCACGCCCGGCGGCGCCGACGUGGACUGGCCGGACCCCCUCGACCUCUUCCAGGUCGACGCAAUCAUCGACAUGGACUGGGCCAGCAUCCUGUCCGGUAGCGGCGGCGGCGGCGACAUUGGCGUCGAUCUCUUCGACCAGUGCUCCGACGUUGGCUUCGAUCAAGAGGUGUGGAUGUGAUCCUGACGAUAGCGUUUGAGGGUUAGAGUAGAUUGUGCCAGGAACACCUCACUUCUUUCCUUCUAGCUGUUUUCCUCUCACUCUCACUCUCACUCUCACUCUCUAUGUGCUCUGAUUUCUUUGGUAUCUUGGGAGAGAAUUUGUCCAUGUUCAUGCAUGCAUGCAUGCAUACUUGUUGAUAACGAAUGAGAAAAAUGGCGAGCGUGGUUUGUGAAAA